AUGGGCAUCAGUCGCGGGGACUUGUUGUUGGGUGUAUCUGGUGAUCGUAAUAAAGAAGAUGGUUCCGGGACUUCUGGAGAGCAUCAACAUCCCCUUGGUUUUAAAACAGCACAGAGGGUUGUGGAAGUUGUUCUCAAAUCUUUAGGGUCUACUUUACCAGUUCUAAAUCCACUUUGUAAUUACAUUUUGUGUAGCAAAGGUACAGAUCAAGUGGAUGGGAUCAGUGAGCAGUGGCAACAGAGUUCUGAUGGUCGGCAUUUAGUAGAACUAUUAGAGAAACUGCGAGAGUGUAAAGAUGACGAACAGCAGCGAUCGUGGGCAUUACAUGAAGAUGAAUACACAAUAGCAACACACCUUACAGAUCUUUUAGAUUUACUGAACAAUGGUGAUUUAGUGGUUUGCCGCAAUGUAUUAUCGCUCGAUGACUUCCGCCCACUAUUAACUCUAGUACAAUAUUAUCAGAUGGAGACAAGAUGGCCACUUAGGAAGCUUUUACUUCAGGUUUUUGGUGCUGUAUGUCAGAUGUCAGCAGCUAAUAUAUCAUAUCUCUCUGCUUCCGUGUUUCCUGUUGAGCUUACAAGGGAGAUGCUAGAUGGAAACUGCAGCUUAGAAGUGUUAAGAUAUACAUCUCUGGUCUUGGGAAUGGUGCUUUGCAUGGGUGACACUCUUCCUUACCCACAUUUCUGUGUUAUGAAUGAGAAGUUUGUAAAGGUACUCUUAGAUGGCAUUGAAACUUACAAUGAGGAUCCAGAUACUGAAUCAUUAGCCGAAUUAUACUUAGCCCUUAUCUUAGCAUUUAAUCUUCAGUAUACUAUUCCUCCACUGGAUGCCGCCCAAGAGCCACUUUCUCCACCUCCGGACUCUCUAGAGUACUCCGAUGGGACAAAUGAAAUCAAAGAAAAUGAUAGCAAUUCUGUUGAAGUGAAUAAUAUAGAUAAGAAGACCCCAAGAGCUGAUUCAGAAAAUUUAGUCUUGAAGAUGCUGUGGCACAGAAAAGAGACGAAGUACUUCACUGAAAAACUUUUGUUACUCUUUAAUAGAGAAGAGGACCCCUUGGCAAUGUUUGAUCAUGAGCCCCGCCCACCAAACUCUGUGUUGAAGAUGAUGCGAGAUUUAUACUCCACGAGAGCAACUGCGUCAAUAUUUUAUACUAAUGAUGAGAAGGUGGUUUGUGAUAUUAUCAUUCGUCAACUUACUGAUCUUCCUGCGGAUGAUAAGCGACGAAAUGAAUACUUGCACUUGAUGGAGGGAGUGAUAUUAACCGGAGGUUGGAUGGAGCAUCAGCAUCGUCUAAAUGAACUUCGCACCAGUUGCUCAAACAUCCUAGCAGAAGAGGAACCAGUGUCCUUGGAUGAUCAAAACCUAAUUAAACACCUAAUGGAUGUGCAUCCUCUGUUUUUUAGUUCAUAAGCCAUUUUCCUAAAUACAUACUCAAAUUUAGGACUUUCAAAACAAUUUUUAUAGUCUUUUUCAGUUGUGCAAGAUAUUAGUGUUGCCCAUGAAGUUAGGAAAGGUUCAAAAGUAGGCAGUUACCGUAUAUAUAUUGGACCUGUGAAUACUCCUGUUUUAAUAUUACCAUUCAGUCCAAUAAGAACAUAUUUUUCUGAUCUCUUGGUAAAUACAGUAUGGUUAUUAUUGUACCCCAGACUAGAUUAAUUGUUGUCUUGGUGGGAGAAGAUGCUGCCUUUAAAUAAGUUAUUUCUAGUCCUUUUUUUUUAAUAUAUUUUAAAUCAAGAAAUCUCAGAGGAGUACCUUUAUAUUAAUUUUAUUAUAUGGCAUCACCAGAGGGCACAUUGUGAAAUUUUUUUAAUGUACCCUUCAAAAGACAUGACUCGUCGAGUAACCUUCAAAACCAUAACUCGUCAAAUGUCUUUAAAGGACACCAUAAUAUGUAUGAAAGACUUAUUGGGUAUAUUAUAUUUUGACUUGAAAUUCUAGUAUAAUACACCAGGAAUUACAAACUUUUUUUCUAAGUUGCAGGAUUAGUUAUUUCUGUGCAGGGUUUUUCAUGACCAUAAAGGGGAAAAGGUCUUAAAAAUAUGUUGGUUGAUACUUACUUAUUUAACCAGUAAGCUUGAAAAAUAAAUAAGAGGUCUCUAGCUGAAUGUAGAAUUUUUGGGCUAGUAUGUUCCAGUGCUGGUGCCAAGGAGGUCAUACAGUGCCAGGUCUUGAAUUGCUAAACAAUAUUUAGACUAUUGUUCCGAAUCAUCUGUCAUCUGGGUAAUAAAAAAAGGAAAAAGUUGUAAGAGUCUAUGUAGUUAAUGGUUAAGUACAGUAUUUCCUAUACAGGUCACUCUCUGUCUCUCUCAUACUUUCUACAUUCUUAGUCUUUCACUUUUAUAUUUGAAUUUAUACACCUCUCCAUAAUUUUGUGAGCCUUCCAUAAACUUUUUCAUCCUCCCCUUCUUUCAUGGCUCUGGUUACCACACCUUUCUGCAACCACCUCAUUUAAAAUAUGAUCUCCUUAUAUCCCAAUGUGAAAAGGUAUACUGUGUAAAUUUUAACCAAAGUUGUAAGUCAUAGCAUCCUUCUGCAUUCCAUAUGCUAUGAUGGGCUAGGACUUUCAUUUGAAAAUUUAGAAAACUGGGAGUAUGUGCAUUAUUUUCCAUAGCAUUUACAGAUGUCAAUCUCAGUUCACCAUUUUUACAAAUAUUGAAACACCAGUUUCUUACAAGUAAAUAUGCAGCAUUUAAUGUGUGUAUAUGUAUUUUUCUAUACAUAAUUCUUUGUUUAUAGCUCUUACAUAUUAGUACCUACAGCGUUUGAGUCAAGCUUACUGGAUGAAAUUUAAGAUUGCUAUUGGUGACAUCUUCUCCUACAAGAACCAGCCAAGUUACGACUGGAAAUAUUUUUAUGGAUUAUAAUUCCAUUUACUAAUAGUUAUACUGAUACAGUGCUAAAAUACUUUUUAGAUCAUUUGAGAAAAUCCAUAUAAUCCCAGGGAAAAGUUAUUCCGCCAAUUUAUUGCAUUUUAUGCUUAUGUUCGAUAUAGUAAUAAAUUGUGCAUAGUGUAUUUAUAUUGAUUGUUAUGUUGACUUUAUAAUUUUUAUAGUUUUUAAAUUUACAAAGGUUUUAGCAGUAGGAUAAUAAUUUAUCUGUAUUAUUAUGGAGGGAUGUUAAAUGUACAUAGAAUCUCUAAAAAAUGACGUAAUGUCUAUGCAAAUAUAUGCAUUACCAACUAUUUUUCUGAUCAUUAGAUAGCUAGCUAAGUCAUAGACUGAAGCCACUCAUAUUGAGGCGGAUUCUUGUGGCUUUGAUCUCAUUCUGGAUGUUUAGUCAUUUAUCUGCUUUCUGUCUUGGAACCCCAUUGUUGACAUAUUGUUGUACUUACAAACAUAGAUUUAUUUUGUGUAACUCUGGGUUGGAGACUUGU